GUUCUUUGCUUCGCGCAUUAUAUGCACGUAAGCACAGCAGCUUGCUGCUCCUACUGAAAUUCACAACAGCAUAAGCAAAGUUCAUGGAUUUGGUUCACAAGGUGUUGAACAUUCUACUUCCUCCUAUAAGUACCAUCCUGCUCCUAUGUUUCUUCCCACUCUAUCUUGUAUUCAAGUUUCUUUAUUACAUAAAAAGGCAUAUAUUCAGCGAAAAUGUGUCUGGAAAAGUGGUGCUCAUCACAGGAGCAGCCUCAGGAAUUGGCGAGCAAAUUAGCUAUGAGUACGCUAAGAGAGGAGCUUGUUUAGUCUUGGUUGACAUAAAAGAGGAUCGUCUUGGAGCAGUUGUUGAGAAGGCAAGAAAUCUUGGCUCCCCAGAUGUCAUAGCAGUCGGUGCAGAUGUUUCUAAGGUGGAAGAUUCUGAGAGAUUUGUUCGUGCAGCAGUGGACCAUUUUGGUAGAUUGGAUCAUCUGGUGAACAAUGCUGGAAUUGGAGUAUCAGGCCAAUUAAAGGACAUGAAAAAUUUACUACCCCGUCGAGUUAUGGACGUAAACUUUUGGGGUACAAUUUACAGCACCCAUUUUGCCCUCCCACAUCUGACGAAGAGCAAAGGCAAAAUCAUCGUGAUUGCCUCAACUCUGGGAUGGUACCCUGCUCCGAAGCUGGGUUUCUAUGUUGCAAGCAAAGCAGCAGUAAUAAACUUCUAUGAGUCCCUGAGAAGUGAAAUUGGUGGGGAUGUUGGCAUUACAAUUGUAACUCCUGGCCUGAUAAAGUCGGAAAUGUCUGAUAACCUGGCAAAAAAGGGAAAAGUAGAUUUGAUUAUUCCAUUAGAGUCUAAAGAGGCAUGUGCAAAGGCAAUAGUGAAAAGUGGCUGCCGUGGAGAUAAGUACUUGGUGGAGCCAUCAUGGAUUAGGGUGCUGUAUCCGUGCAAGGUUCUGUAUCCUGAGGUGGUGGAGUUUUGCAACCACUGGGCUAUUUACAGAAGGCAAGUGGCUUCAAAGAGCAGCUUAACCCAAUCUCCUCAGCCCAAGAUAGAAUGAGCCUGUCCACUAAAGAAGUGGGACUCCCAACUAUGUCUAUUAAUAAUUUCAUUUGCGUUCGUUUUUCCUCUCUUUGUUGUUGUUUUAGCUAGAACUGUCUAAUUUUGUAAAAUUGACAAGAGUUAGCUGCAGAUUGGUCAUUAAAAGCAGCCCUAGUUAUAAUUAACCUGUCUCCAGGAUUGGCUGUGUUGUGUAAUUCUCCGCAUCAACUCCUGAAUAUCUUGUGUUUUACUUUAUGGACGUCUUCAAGACUUGUUUUAAUAAAGUUUCUCUUCAGUUUAAAAAAAA